AUGGCAGAUACCGCCCCCAGAGAAGCCGAGGCAGAGCGUCGCGAGGCUCUUCACAUUCUUGAAGAGAAAGCCUCUCAAUUGACGGAGCAAAUCAAGAAUAGUAGACACUUCAUCGCCUUCACUGGGGCGGGUAUCUCCACCUCCGCAGGUGAGUUCCAAACCUUCCUCCUCAUCCCUUCUUCCCCCGGAAGCGCGGGAGACCUCGUAGGCGGAUGCCAGACGGGCCGUCCACAAUCCAAUCUGCAGCGCACAUACGCAUUGAUUUGCUUAGUUUCAGAGAUUGACGGUGGUGAUCUAGGAAUUCCCGACUUCCGCGGUCCAGAAGGUGCCUGGACACUCAGAGCCCAGGGACGGCAAAGAACAGGCAAGACAACCAGCACGCUUCAGGCUGUCCCUACCAAGACCCAUAUGGCGCUUGUAGAGCUGCAGGAACGGGGCAUCUUGAAAUAUCUCGUCAGUCAGAACUGCGAUGGCCUUCACAGGAAGAGCGGAAUAUUGCCAGAAAAGAUUUCCGAGCUUCAUGGUAACAGUAACCGCGAGUAUUGCAAGGAUUGUGGCAAGGAGUAUCUGAGAGACUUCCGCGCCGUCGCCACCUACGAAAAGACUGUCCGCGACCACCGGACCGGCCGCAAGUGCGCAGUCUGCAACGGCACCCUCCUCGACACCAUUGUAAACUUUGGCGAGUACCUCCCCGCGGAACCUCUCGCGCUCGCCCGCGCGAAUGCCAGAAAGGCAGACCUCUGCCUCGCCCUCGGCUCGUCCCUGACCGUGCCACCGGCCUGCACGAUCCCCGAAACCGUGGGGAAGAAGAAGCGCACCAAGACGAGCCCCAACGGCGGCCAGUUGGUGAUUUGCAACUUGCAGAGCACGCCGCUGGACCACCUGAGCGAGCUGCGGGUCUGGGCCACCACGGACGAUUUGAUGGUGAAGGUGAUGGAGAAGCUGGAUAUUCCCAUCCCGAAAUUCGUGCUUCGUCGCCGGUUGGUUAUGGAGAUUGAGAUGACGGCGGAGGACAGGUAUCAGGUGACGGCGAGGGGCAUCGACGUCGACGGCACGCCUGCGACGUUCUUGCAGUCUGUCAAGAUGCAAGGCAACAGGCGCGUUGCGAGAACCGAGCCGUUUACCAUUCCGUUCCGGGGUGAGUUGUCGGCCGGGACGGAGGUGAAGGUGGACCUGGAGUUUAUGGGACACUAUGGCGAGCCAGUUUUGGAGAUUGCCCUGGAGUAUUCCGGAGAGGACAAACUUGAGAUCACGUACCUGCUCGAGUAUGACCCUUCCAAUGGGGCGUGGGAAGUGAGUAGACAAGAUGCUGGUACUCUUGCCGGACGGGGUGGAACGGCUGAAACGGAUGAGGGCAUGGAGGAUUCGCUCAUGAUCUCGGCCGAGGAGGCAGGUGUACCGAGCCACAUCAUUGCUUCCUCUGCGGCCAGUGAGAUCAUUGAUCUCACUUCACCGUAG